AUGAUUACCUCUGAGAUGAGUGCUGCAUCCAACCAGAUAAAAAGUAGAGCAGAGUAAGAAGGUGUUUAUGAGGUUAGCUGUAAUUUAUUAACAAAAAAGUGUAAAUAUGUUUGGAGAGUUGAAGAUGUAGAGAAACUGAACGAACAAUAUGAUUGUUAAUAGGGAAACUGGAAGUCGAUAAGUACUUAUUUAAAUGGGCCAAGUCCAUUAGAAUGUAUGAUGAAAUGGCAAUCUCUACAUCCAGAAAAUGUAAUAUAAUAUUUUAUUGAUUUAAGACACUUUCAAGAUAAUUAUGGUCUUAAGAGGAAGAUGAAUAAUUAAAGGAAUUAGUAUAAAAGUAUGGAAAGAAAUGGAGUAAGAUAUGUACAGUCAUGAAUUGGAGAACUGGAAAACAAGUUCGAGAACGUUAUUUAAAUCAACUCUAGGGACAUAUUAAUAAUGAAAAAUGGACUGAAGAAGAAGAUAAAAUUAUAUUAAGACUCUAUAAAAAGUUUGGAACUAAGUGGAGUUAUAUAUCAACUUUCUUAAAAGGUCGACCUGUAAUAUCCUUUUACUUAUUAUAUAGGAAAAUAUGGUUAAGAAUAGAUUUUAUGCUAAUUUAAAAAGAAGAUACUAAUCAGAUCUUGAAGAGUCAGAUGAAGAUGAUCAUUUAGAAGAUUCUUAAGAUUCAUUAAAUAUUACAAAAUAUAAAAGGAAGAAGAAAAACAAAAAAUAUAAAUUUAUAAAUAGCUCUAUUAAAAUAAAGAAAUCUUAACUUAAGACAUUAAAAACAGAUGUUUAUGAAAGGGUUACUCGAUCAAAAGAGAAGAGAGAACCCUUAAUAAAUGUCAAAUAAGAAAAUUAAGAUGUAGAUGAACAAAUAAAUUAAGUUAUUUAAUAACCAUUUAUAAAGGAAGAACCUUUAGCUAUUGAAUAAUAAUAAUAAUAACAAUAACAAUAACAAUAACAAUCAUAAUCAUAAUAACAUCCUUAAGAAUUAAUAUAUCAAUAAUCUGAUUAUUAAUUAUCAUCUUUCUAAAAGUUUCUUAUAGAUUAUGGAUAGCUUGGAAUAAACUAAUAAUAAUAAUUAUUAGGAACAUACUAAUAAUAAUCAUAAUAAUUGUGUAAUUCCAAUUAACUAGGUAUCCAAGUGAAUUAACAAUUAUGUCCAAGAUGUUUGGGAUGCUCAAAUUAAAUGGGAUAAUUGUAUUCUUUAGAAGAUAUUAGUCAUUUAUUUAAAAUGUUUUAAUAUUAAAUGUUUAUUCAAUGUUAACCAAAACUAGAAAUGACUAGUUAGUUUAACAUGAUGUAAAAUCAAAGUUAACCAAAUAAGCAAUAUAAUAAUAAUUUUAUAUUGCAGUGACAUUUGAUUAUUGGAAUUCAAAAGGCC